CUCUCUCUCUCUAUUCACAAAAAUUACUAAAAACGCCAAAAAGAAAAAAAAAAGGAAAAGAAAUUGCGAGCGUAUCUGAGAAGUUAUUUUCGCGCCUCGUAUCAAAGAGACCAUAGUCUUUGGUUUUCAAUUUCUUUAUAGUUCUCAACUACGAGCGGUGUAGACGAAUCGGAAGACACGGCGUGAAAAUGCGAGGCAGAAAACAGUCACAGCAACCCAAAAAAUCUUCAGAAUGAAGAAAGAAGAGUAAAAAAAUUGCAAAAGAAGAAGGAAGGGAAAAAUGUACAAAGCGUGAAGGCGGAAGUGGAGGGAAGACAGACCGGUAAAACAAACAAAAUGAAAAAAAUGGUAUUAAAGAUGCUGGUGAGGCCAUACCAGAUCCAGGAGGAAGCUGUUCACAGACCAGUAUAGACAGAGAAACUUUAGCCAAUGUUUCAAGGGUGGCAGUGAGCAAGCUUCUAAGUCGUGCAUCUGGACGUUGCUUGUCAGGAAUGAGGAAACAUGCUCUGCGUCCAUGUGAUUUGUCAAAAUCUACCAUUGGAAAAGAUGUAAAUCUUGCCAUGGACAAAAAGGUGACAUUGGAGGCUGAGAGGUGCAAUGAAAAUGUAACAGCGAGCUGUUCUGAGGACGUUGAUGUUCAUGAAGUAAAUUUACAGAAUUCUGUAUCAGAAGUUUUAGAAGAUUUGUAUGAUUCCGAUUGGGAAGAUGGUUGUGUUCAAACUUCGGAUGGGACAGAGUCUCAACCAUUGACUAUUGAAAUUAGUGAGAUACAGGAGAUCCCUGACUCUACCAAGAGGAAACCUAUUCGUCGAGCUUCUGCUGCUGAUAAGGAAAUUACUGAGUUUGUGCAUAAAGUUCAUUUGCUUUGUUUACUUGGACGGGGUAGAUUAAUUGACCGAGCUUGCAAUGACCCUCUUAUUCAGGCUGCUUUGCUUUCUCUUCUUCCAGCACACUUACUGAAGAUCUCACCAGCCAAGCAACUGACAGCUAGCUCUUUGAAACCCCUGGUUGCUUGGAUGCAUAACAAUUUCCAUGUUAGAAACCAAACGAGGUCGGAAGGUUCUAUUAAUUCAGCUCUAGCUCAUGCUCUUGAAACACAUGAAGGGACUUCAGAGGAGCUAUUGACAAAUACUGCAGAGGUAGCCGGAGUUGGGAACAAAGCUAUUGCUGCAUUGACCGUAGUGCUUUUUAGAGCUUUGGAUAUAACAGCUCGGUUUGUAUCUAUUUUGGAUGUGGCUCCUAUAAAACCAGAGGCCGAAAGAUCUAAAUGUUUUAGCCAAGACACAAGCAGAUCAAGUAGAAACAUUUUCAAGAACUCAACUUUGAUGGUGGAUAAAGCAGAAGCUGUUGAUAAAGAUUCUCUUACGUCACAUUGUCUUGACAAGAAGGAUAAUCCCCGGAAAAGAACUUCUGGUGAUAAUCGUGAAAGCAAUGCAGUCAAUUUAGUAGGCAAGAAACUUCACGUCCUUGACGAUUUGUCUAGCACCACAAGUUCUAAUUGCAACUCAAAACCUGAUAUCUCUGAAACCUUCCCCCUCAAGAACUCUCAGGUACAGAAGAGGAAGGGGGAUAUUGAGUUUGAAAUGCAGUUACAAAUGGCUCUCUCCGCUACAGCAGUUGAGACUAUGCCUAGAAAUUCUAGCAUAAAUCACUCAAACGAGCCUCCUUUGAACUUUACUUCGCCUAAAAAACUGAAAAGAAUUGAUAAUGAAGAAUCUGCCUCUUCUUCUCAUGGAAUCUCCACUGCUGUUGGUUCAAGCAAGGAGGGAUCUCCCUUGUAUUGGGCAGAAGUAUACUGCAAUGCAGAGAACUUGACAGGUAAGUGGGUACACAUUGAUGCUGUAAAUAUGGUUGUUGAUGGAGAGCACAAAGUGGAGGACUUAGCUGCUGCAUGCAAAACAUCUUUGAGAUAUGUGGUUGCUUUUUCUGGGCUUGGUGCUAAAGAUGUGACUCGCAGAUAUUGUAUGAAGUGGUACAAGAUUGAAGCAAAACGAGUUAAUACUCUUUGGUGGGAUAAUGUAUUGGCCCCAUUAAGGAUACUUGAAAGACAGGCAGUGGGGGGCACUGGACACUUGGAAAAGUGCUGCAUUGAUGGAUUGAGGGAACAAGAUAAAUUGAAAAUGUCAGACUUGUCAGAUAACUUGAAGCAGAAAAAUCUUCUAGAUGAUGGUAACCAGUCAGGGAAGUCUGAUCACAAUGUUUCAGAAGGGCUUGACACUGACCGAGACUUUUCUUUGGGUAAUCAGUUUGUUGCUACUAGAGACCAUCUCGAGGAUAUAGAAUUAGAAACUCGGGCACUUACUGAACCUCUUCCAACUAAUCAGCAGGCCUACAAAAACCACCGGUUAUAUGCCCUUGAAAAAUGGCUAACCAAGUAUCAGAUACUUCAUCCAAAGGGUCCUGUUCUGGGUUUUUGUUCUGGAUAUCCAGUUUACCCUAGAACCUGUGUCCAAGUGCUCAAGACAAAGCAAAAGUGGUUGCGUGAGGGACUGCAAGUCAAAUCUAAUGAACUACCUGUGAAGGAGUUGAAACGUUCCAUAAAGAAAAUCAAAGUACUUGAAUCUGAAGCUGAUGACUUUGAUCAGGGUGAUUCCCAGGGAACUAUUCCACUCUAUGGGAAGUGGCAGUUAGAACCAUUGCAACUGCCUCAUGCUGUUGAUGGGAUUGUACCAAAAAAUGAACGUGGUCAAGUGGAUGUGUGGUCUGAGAAGUGCCUUCCACCAGGAACUGUGCACAUCAGUUUGCCCAGGGUGUUCAGUGUUGCCAAGAAGCUGGAAAUUGAUUAUGCACCUGCACUGGUUGGCUUUGAAUUUCGAAAUGGCCGAUCAUAUCCUAUUUAUGAUGGGAUUGUGGUCUGUUCUGAGUUUAAAGAUGUAAUAUUGGAGACAUACAAUGAGGAAGCAGAGAGAAUGGAGGCUGAAGAGAGAAGACAGAGAGAAAAACAAGCUAUUUCAAGAUGGUAUCAGCUUCUUUCCUCCAUCAUAACUCGGCAAAGGUUGAACAGCCGUUAUGGGGAUAGUGAGAAUCCAUCCCAAGUGGUGAGUGGCAUCCAGGGCAUGCAUGAUGAGGGUAAUGCAGAUGUUCCUUCUUGUCAAGAGGAUGCAGAACCUUUCAAGGGCCAGCAGGAUAACGUAAGUAACCCUAAUAUGGAUUCUCCAUCUUUUAUCAAUCAAGAAGAUCACAAGCAUGUAUUCUUGUUAGAGGAUCGAAUUUUUGACGAGAAAAGUUUGGUAGUGACAAAACGCUGUCAUUGUGGUUUUUCUGUUCAAGUCGAAGAAUUAUAGCAAUGUUAGUUUUGGUUGGAACUUUUUCCCUCGUAUAUUAAUGGUGUUGAUAUCUAUUAAAUUUUGUAGUGUAUUCUUCUCAGAAUGACAACCGAAAAUCAAAACAAAUUAGCAUAUAUUUUGCAGUAGAAUCACAUCAUUCUCAAA